AUGACUCCUCUGAGGGGCUUAAGUGCCGUGUUGUUGGGGGCUCUCGCCUUCUCCCUCUCUGGCGCUCUUUUGGUGAUAUUUUUCACAGCCAUCAGCUGCGUGAUCGUUGGAAAGGAUUUCACCGAAAGUGCAGUUGGCAGACUGGUGUUCAAUCGGGCGGCCUUCCUUGAGCAGCUAUUUCGUGCGCCCUUCUCUUUAGUUAUAACGGGCGUGCAAGCAGCCGCCCGCCUCUUCUCCUCCUCUUUCAGCGGUUUCAUAUCCUUUGUGAACGCCUUGACGGAUUUGUUGAGGUUCUUUCUCAUUGAUUGGUGGGUGGCUACUGCACACAGUAAUUGGAAGACGGGGGUCUGGCAGGAGCUGCCUUCCUUACUUCUCGAGGCCGCUGUUUGGGCGCUGGCGGUUGAAGUUGUUCUCAUUUUACUCUACCUGCGUUUCGGGCAUCGGUUCAAAAGACUCAUCAGCAGACAAUGGUGGCCAGGGGUUCGACAGCAGUCAGAGGCAGAAGAAGACGAGGGGGGCUCGCUGCCUUCGUUUUCCUUUUUUCCAUGGAGUUUUGGUUGCAAGAGCGAUCAGACUUUUGCCGAGUUGUUUCUGAUGAAACAGGAAGAGAUUAACGGAAGAUUUAGACCCAAGUCUCCAAAGAGAGAGAACACCCCAGUAGACAGCUCUGAUGAAGACACCCCGCCGGGUUUUACUGCAUACGAUACCAUGAUGUACGACAGCGAGGAAGAUGAUGAAGAAGUUCAUCGCCAUCCUCAUUAUCAUAAGGGAAGCAGCAGCAGCAGUUUACUACUAUCUCCUGGUGCAUGCAGACGCUUUUCUCGCUGCGCCUAUGCCCCUUGUAGUAGCGAAGCAGAAUCAGACCAACAGAAAGAGUCCGACGAGACAGACAGCGAAUUUGCUGGCACGCAGAGAACCUCUCAGGACGGAGGCCUUCAUGGACAAGCCCGUGUUUCUUCUGGGAAGUUAGUGAGGAAACUGUUCAACGCCUUCGUUGCUAACAACGAGGAGACAGCAGUCAACAGUUCUGACGGAGAUGACGGCGAUGCAGCAUUAAUCAGCAGCACCACUCCAGCAAGGGAAGGCGUUGAGCUAGAAGAUGUAAACGGGUGGCUACGUAGGCGUCGACCGAGACAGAGAAAUGCAGUGAACAUGUUGGUGCCAGCAACGAAUGACCCAGCAGAGCCCAGAGUCUGUGCGCCUUCAGACUCUGAGCCCUCGUGCUAUGAAAUGGAGGAGUUCCCAGCGGGCUUUCCAGGAAGCCCCCCUCCUGAGGCGUUUUUGUUUUCUGGAGAGAGAAGCAACGGCGAGGCUGAGGACGAUGCUUCUUUAGCGGGUGGAUGCGCUGCUGAGGAUGAGGAGUGCGAGACAGAAGAAGACGCAGAGUGGUGUAUUAUUGCAGAUCAACUACCGAAGGCUGCUGAAUCAACACAGCAGUAA